AGACGCUCUGAACCAAGCAGUCGGAGAGGCCUUGGGGCACAUUGGACGCAAUUCCUGGAUCAAGCAGAAGAGGGACACUUGUGGAAGGUUGGAGUCAGAGAGUUCGCCAGUAAUGAAGAUAAAGCUGAGGCCUCUAUAGAUGCAUUCUUCCCCAAAAUGGAUGAGGGGUCCCGUGGAACCCCAUCACCGAGCUUGAAAUUUUCAGAACGAUCAUAUUUGCCACGGGAAUUCACGGUGCCAGGUAAAGACGGUCUGUCAACCCUCGUCUGGAAUCAUCCAAACUCAGCACGCGGAUCUUCACGGCGUCCAUUGGUUUGGGACUGGAGACGUGUCAAGAUUGUGGGGCCACGGAGACCCGGAAAGCCAGACUACUUGAUUCCUAGAGCAUACUGCCCAAUCUACCUUCUCAACACAUUGGCUAUGCUGUUGGAAGGAGUGAUUAACGCCCAGUUCGGUGACAAACCAGGACAAACCACGGAACAGGUCCUGCUAGUGUUGGCUAACGCGAUUCACCGGGCCAUGGUACAAGCAAAAGGUAGUCAAUACCUUGGCUUUCGACAUGACAGUAACCACCGAUUCGCCAAUAUUGGAUCCGAUAAUUCUGAGGCUAAAGUGGCUCCUCUAGAGAGCUCUGGGUUAGCCCAAGGGUCAAGCCUCUAA